AUGGAUCACGCGGUGAAACUUUGGCAUAUUGGCCCUGGCACUGAAGUGGGUGAAGCCAUUCAAACAUCGAUAACAAAAAGCAAACCUGCCUCACAAUUUCCAACAGAAUUGCAUUUUCCUAUUUGUAAUUCAAGAGAUUUACAUACAAAUUAUGUUGAUUGUGUUCGAAUUAUGGGGGAUUUUAUAUUUUCAAAGUCAAGUGAAGAUUGUAUUACAUUAUGGAAAUUUGGCACAUUUGAAGAAGGGAUUUGUGGUAAAGGUUCACUGAAAUGCCCGGAAACUUUUGCUUCACACACUGUUAUAAUGAAAAUGCCAAAUACAGAAAUGUGGUUUAUUAAAAUGGCUAUUGAUCCACAUCGAAAGUUUCUCGCUUGUGGAAGUCAACAAGGUGAAAUUAGAUUAUGGAGAUUAAAUGCAAAUAGAUUGCCUUUAGCAGAAAGUGAUUAUCUUCUUGUUCCAAGCAAUAAGGAAUUGAAAGGAUGUAUUCGUCAAAUAGCUUUCAGCCCCGAUGGAAAAUUAAUGAUGGCUGUUGGCGAUUGGGGAUUGGUAAUUCGUUUUGAUCUCAAUCCAGAUUUUUAA